AUGGUCGUUACUGUUGGUGAAGUCGUCAACGCCACCUGGAGCCCUCCGCCAGUAGCAUGGUUGAACUUCACCAACUGCUCUGCAGCAGCAGCAUGGCUUGCCGCCUACGGCCAGCUUUAUGAGGAUGAAGGCUCACUGUGGGAUGGUGUUUCUUUCGACAUCGUGAUCGGCUAUCUAGGUUCUAUGAUACCAAGGAAUUGGACCAAGCCGACGGACGCGAACCUUCUGGUCUGGUAUCAUGAAAAGAACUACUUCCGAGACAACAAUGCGCUUCUCAUGGACAUGAUCAACUUCCCACUGGCCAAGUGCAGUGCGCAAGUUUGCCCAAAGCUUCAGUGGGAAGGCGAUCCGGAUCUUACCGGCGUUGGCGCUAUGAUGUCUUAUUACAUGCUGGCCGUUUUUGCCACUUUAUACUUUAUCGUUCUUUUCUCGGAUAGUCUCAGAGACUUUACCGGAGCAGCUGCACCCGCGGGACGGAAAGAGAAUCACAAGAUCCUCAUCAACUGCUUUCGGAAGUCCCUAAACACGUUUCAAGACGCCGUGCUUCUCUUUGCAAUAUCAGUCAAUGUAGCGUCCAUCACGCGCUGGGCGGCGCCAAUAGUCCACCCACAUGAGCCGCACGCCUUCUACGGCCUUCUAAACGCCAACUUCAUGUCCUCGUUCUCCAUAUUCCCGGCCCUAGCGCUGCAGUCGCUAUCCCCGGGCCUGCGCCGUAAACGGAUCCGGCUAUUCCUCUGGUUCCUCGUCAUCAUCUUCGCCUUGACCGUCGAAGUCCUCUACCGCUACGUCUACGGGGCGUAUUUCCAGUACCUUUGGAGCCAGGACACCAUGGUUUCCGAAGACAUCUGGCUCGCAAAAUGUGACUCGCACAAAAUGCGCAGCAUCCUGGCGUACAUGACCACCGCCGGUCACGUAUUUCUGGCUCUCAAUUGCCUCCGCUGGCUGUACCACGCCACGGCGACAUUCCGCCGCAGCGGCCUUCGGAAGCUUCAGAACGGAAGCGUGGACCUAUCGAAUGCGGGACCGUGGCGGCGGAGAUGGGAGGUGUGCCAGCCGUACCUUAGGCUCAUCGAUGGUGCCAUCUGCGGCCUGUUCAUGUGGACUUUCCUCUUUCUGUUCACGGCGUAUAGGGAGGCAGUGAAAUCCAAGGCGGGUGAGUCAGACCAGGACACAGAGUGGACUUUCGGCCAGGUGCUGUCGCUUGUCACUUGGGCGCCCGUGGCGCUUGAGCUGAUAACUGUUUACCUUUACGAGACCAAGGGCCGCACCAAAGAAAAGAGCCAUGGCUUCCGCCCGUUAUCCAAUCCAUCAUACCAGGAAAAGCCGGACGAUGAGCACGUCUACAGGAGCAGAUGGCAAAGGGUACCCCUGGAUGAUGAUGUUGAGCAGCGGCCGCGCUAUAGCAUGGAGGUUCGGGCCUCUCAGGCUGUUCGGCCGUGGCCUCGGCUCCCGAUCACGCCGAGGAAGAGUCAUUUUAAUUAG